AAGUUAUGUCCAUAGGCUGUCUAGGACACUUUUAAGCACUUGUGAUCAACACAAAGUAGAAGAAAACAUUAUCUAUCUUUCUGUCCAUGGGCUUAGUCUCCAAGCUUUUGCAAUUAAUCUCAUUUAUUGGAGUGCUGAUACUCUUUGCGAUGGUGGCGGCGUCGGCGGUAGCAGCAGCUCAAGCCAAGCCUGGCUGCACCCACAAGUGUGGGGAUGUAGAAAUUCCAUUUCCAUUUGGGUUGAGUAAAGACUGCUUCUUAGGUGAUGAUAAUGAUCAGAGCUUUAGCAUCACUUGUGAUGGCUCUGAUCCAAAACCAAAGACAGGUAAUAUCACUGUUACAAACAUAUCCAUUGAAGCACAUGAGAUGCAUGUCCUGACGCCUGUAGUCAAAUAUUGUUACAGUCAGUCGGGUGAUGUCCAAUUCUGGAAUAAUAGUUAUAUCAUAUUGCAAGCCACCCAAUCCGUUUCUAAAACCAAAAAUGAGUUCACUGUUGUUGGCUGUGACACUAUUGGAAUGAUUGGUGGGUUCCAAAACGGAGACAAGUACUGGACCGGCUGCGUAUCCAAGUGUAACACUAGUCUAAAAAGUGUUGUCAAUGGCUCUUGCUCUGGCGUCGGAUGCUGCAAGGUAGAGUUUCCAUAUGGAUGGCAGUAUAUUGAUGUGCAUAUGAGAAGCAUCGAUAAUCACGUAAAUGUAUGGGGCUUCAAUCCCUGCAGCUAUGCUUUUGUUGUCGAACGAGGGAAGUUCAACUUCUCCACGGAUUACUUUAAGGAUCUGACAGCUGAGUUAAGGCUUCCAAUGGUGUUUGAUUGGGUAGUUGGGAACAAGUCAUGUGAAGAAGCUAAGAAAAAACCGAAUUUCGCGUGUAAGGAUAAGAACAGCAAAUGCCAUGACCCAGAAAGAAGAUCGGGGUACCAGUGCAAGUGUGAGCCGGGUUACCAAGGGAACCCCUACCUCCCUGACGGAUGCCUAGACAUUGACGAAUGUAAGGAUCAAACUCAUAACUGCAGCAGAGCGAAAGGCUGUGUCAACACAAAAGGCUCCUAUGAAUGUCAUUGCCCCAAGUGGUACCGUGGGGACGGAAGAAAAGAGGGUGAAGGCUGUGCUGCGAAUUUCCUAAAAAUUAUUCCGAUUGCCAUUGGUGCUAGUACAUUUGGGGUAUUAUUUCUACUCAUUGGUGGAUGGGGGUCAUACAAAGUGGUAAAGAAAAGGAAAAGAAUUGAACGUAGGCAGGAGUUCUUUAAACGAAAUGGCGGACUGUUGUUACAACAUCAAAUAUCUCAAAGCGAAUUGGAUGUUGCAAACACGAAAUUAUUUAAUUCAAAGGACUUGGAGAAAGCCACUGACCAUUUUAAUGAUAACAGAAUACUUGGUCAAGGUGGACAAGGAACUGUUUACAAAGGUAUGUUAGAGGAUGGAAGAAUCGUUGCUGUGAAAAAGUCAAAGAUAAUUAAUGAAGGAAAGCUUCAAGAAUUCAUUAAUGAAGUUGUCGUUCUUUCCCGAAUUAAUCAUAGGAACAUUGUUAAACUACUUGGUUGUUGCUUAGAGACAGAAGUGCCUUUACUGGUAUAUGAAUUUGUUCCUAAUGGAACUCUCUCGAGAUAUCUAAGUGACCAAAACGAGGAGUUUCCACCAACAUGGGAUAUGCGCUUACGAAUUGCCACAGAAAUUGCAGGAGCUCUAUACUAUUUACACUCAGCAACUUCAUUACCCAUUUACCAUCGAGACAUUAAGUCAACUAACAUUCUCUUAGAUGAUAAAUACAGAGCAAAAGUAGCAGAUUUUGGGACUUCAAGAUCCGUUGCUAUUGAUCAAACUCACUUGACUACACUAGUGCAUGGAACUUUUGGAUACUUAGACCCGAAGUAUUUUCAAUCAAGUCAAUUUACAGAAAAAAGUGAUGUUUAUAGUUUUGGUGUUGUCCUUGUUGAGCUUUUAACAGGAGAAAAGGCUAUAUCUUUGACAAGGACACCAGAAGCUAAAAGUUUAGCCACGUAUUUUAUUUGCUCGAUGGAAGAAAACAAUUUGUUUGAUAUCCUUGAUAGAAGAGUUCUGAAGGAAGCUAUAAAAGAAGAGCUUAUUACGGUCGCAAACAUUGCAAAAAGGUGCCUAAACUUGGAUGGGAAGAAGCGACCUACGAUGAAAGAAGUCUCAAUGGAGUUGGAGGCAGUAAAAAUAUCACAAAAAGCUUCAAGCCUUGAAAUGUGCAAAAGAGAUGAUAGGCCUACUAUGACGGAAGUGGCGGUGAUGCUAGAUGGACUAAGAGGUAAGGAAAAGCAAACAAUGAAAGAAGCUGAUCUCAAUACAGAAGAGAGUGAGUAUUUGCUUAGUACAUACACACCCUCUUUAAGCAUUGAUGUUGGCGUUGGCUGUUCUUCCACAAGUACCUUGGAUGGUAUGUGAAAUCAAGAACUACAACCAACAAAUGAUGGCAGAUAAUCCAUUAGUCCGAUCCUUAAAAGCCUCAAUCAGCAAGCAUCUUCCUCCAAAUCAAUGGAUGAUGGUAGAUUUUGGUGUCUUUGCAUGCAGUGUUUAAGUUUUCUCCACAUAGAUCUUUUGGUAUGUUCAAAGUUUGCUCUCAAGGUCUGCUUUGCAUUAUUGAGAGCUUUUGUACGUACGUGUGAGCAAGUCCAGUAGUACUGGUUAAUUAGGUGUCCGCUUUGAAAGUUGUCGUAAUUUCGACAUGUGUGUUCUAAGUUUUUAUUUGUGGAUUAUGCAUGGGUAGAUUUAUUGUAACUUAAAUAUUAGAAAAGUCAAUGCUUUGCUGGA